GAACAGGGAAUGCUGUGCUACGCACAAAGCAUCUCAUUCUGAAGCGUAGGAAAUGCCGUGUGAGCAGCAGAAACCUCUGUCCGGUUUGCACAAAGAGGAACUGCUGCUAUAUUUCUAAUGAUACUUCUACUGGGGCUCUGCCUUUGCUGUGAGUAUAUUAAGAGUUAACAGGGAAUCCAUUUAAAGUGGAGUGGUUUAUAAUAUAAUAUAAAGAAUCAUUUUAAUUUAUCUAGCCAAUUGGUGCUUGGAGCAUUUUAAAAACUGCAAUUAUAUAAUAGUCGGGAUUAUAAUGAAAAAAGAACCACUCUUACAGAGUUGCUAAAUUCCUUUCCCAUUGUUGUCAGUCAUCCAAGGACUUGGAUACAAAAAGCAAUUGCUGGAAAAUUGUGAGUGGAGAUUCCAAAAGUGCUACUGUAGUGAGGAGGUAUUUAACAAAGAAUGGGGAAAGUUUAUAAUUUAUUUGAAAAGCUGUUGUAAACAUCUACAUACAUUGGUAGGAUUGACAAAAAACUUGUAGUAACAAUUUGAACUAUGGAUUGACAAAGGAUUUAUAAAAAAUAGAGUUAUGAUAGAGUUGUAGAGGGGGAAAUCAUUACAUUAAGAUCCACAAUGGGGAGAGGGUAGUCAGAAGGGAUUGUAUGGUUUUUUAAAAAAAUCAUUUGCUUGUGUAAAAUAGAAAAUACAAAAAUAAAAAUUAUUUUAAAAAGUGCUACUGUAGAAAUGGGACUUUGACUCUCCUCUCUUUGAUCAAACACUCCAGUGUCAUAUUCCAAACUCCCCCAAAUGUUCAUAUUAAUUUUAGUGCAUAGUAAUUGGAAAUAAUAAUGGGAAAAUAAAUGAUAUCACAGUAUUUUUGCAUCAUAUAUUGAGUUGUGAUUUCAGAGUAAUGUAAGUCUUUAUUUGAGGUGCAAAUCUAAAUAUUCUCAAGGCUUCAUGCAUCUGAAUGACACUGCUGCCUUUCAAAGAGGUCAAAAUCAGUAUUUCCUUGCUACUGAAAGCUUAUUACAGUAUGUUCACUUUUAAAGGUAUUCAUCUCACAAGGCAAGAGACUUGUCCCACCCCAGGUAAGUGUUGCUCUCAUUGUGGGAGGUGUUGCCCUUUUUGCAAAAAAAAUUUGCUUUUUCCACCUCACUGCUAUUUCCACACCACCUCUUUGCCCCUAUUAUCCUGUUAAUAUAGGUGUGGGAAGUUUGGGAAAUGGGUGCUGCCUCCUUAAAAGGGUAACAUGUGACUUGGACCCUAGACAGACAGUCAGGGAAAACAGCUUUAGUUUUGUAAGGAUUGUUUUUUUGGUGUGCAAAUAGCACAUCCAGUAGAAGUAUAUUUAAAGGGCCUUCCCUCUAUGUAGAUAUUUAAAGGCAGCUAAGAACCAAAUUAUAUGUACACAUGUUUAACAGAUUGACACACUUCUAGUUUAGGCUAGAGGGGCUUGUUUAUGAGCAGAAUUAUGUGCAAUGGUGUAGCAUGGUGGGGCACAUGGGUGGUUGCCCCAGGCACAAAAUUGUUAAGGGCGCAAAAUUCCAACACCCGGUGCUGCUUCAACACAGCUGUGUGCUUCUAUCACUGGGCUCCAUUGAAAACGGCUUCUCCAUGCGAACCAGAAGUGACCUCUGCUGAAAAUGGAAUGACUCUUCUUAUCUCUGUGGCUGCAAUCUCCUGGGUGAUGUGGAUGCCAUUAGGCGGCUGAAUGCACAGGUGUACUCCAUCUAUUUCCAUCUCUCUACAUGGCCCUGGGCACUGGCAACCCAUGCUAUGGCACUGACUAUGUGAACCUCUAACAGAGUGGAAUCUGAAUAUAUUAUCUAUCUAGGUUUUUGUGGAGCACAGUCCAGUUCAUCAAGCACAUGCAGUUCAUACUGCUCUUGUCCUUCUAACUUGCACUCUUUAUAAAGAUUUGAGAAGUACAGUUAUCACUUCUCUAUUAUUGUCCAUUCCUGGGAACCCAACCACUGUUACAGUGUCCUUUCUCUUGGCAGACCAAGAUAAGCAGCUGACAGCAAAGGUUGCAAGGUUUUUAGCUGGGGCAAUUAGAAUAAGAUCCAUUAUUUGACUAUUUACCUUUAUCCUCUGUAAACCACAUUUUGUUUGCUUUAUUGCAAUGGCUGGUGACUGAUGCAAAUAAAGAUUCAUUCAUUCAUACUGCUGAUGGCAGUGCAGGAGGUUAUUAGAAACACGUGACUAGUUAGUAUUGAUUAAUAAGAACUCUUGCACCAUAGCUAUAUAGGUGAAUGCCAAUAUACUAUUAGAGGAUAGUAUAUACUAUUAAUGCUAGUAAUAUCAGUUGUGUCCUAAUUCAAGGUACGCAAUCAUACUCAAGUUACGUGAUUUUUUUUUUAAAAAAAAACCUAAGGUAUUCAUCUCACAAAGCAACAGACUUGUCACACCCCAGGUAAGUGUUGCUCCCAUUGUGGAACACAGGGAGAAGGAGUUUACCCUUCUGCCCCAUCAUGGUCCCAAUAUCACUUAGCAGCAGCUGCUAUUUGCAUUAGAAGCUAAUUUCCAUUUGGUAUGAAUGGGAACUUUCUUCCUGAUGCAAAUAGCAGCUCCAGAGGAAUGUUUGGGAAGAAACAAUGAGAGGAGCUGCUCACCACAGUACAAAUCCUGACUGGAGUCCCCAUUGAUUGGAAUUUUGCAAUUUCAAAACAAUAUGCUAUAUUAUGGUCAACAUUAUCAUGAGUUGUCUAGAAAAAAAUAUACACUGGCUUUAAUGGAUUCCUGGCAAAGGAAAUGGACUGAAAAUUAUAAACUAGUCAAACGCUCCACAAACUUUUAUAUUUGUAUGCAAUUUAGUGGGUUGUUUUCUCAUUCCUACAGGUACUCUUACCAAACCAAACAUAUUUCUGGAAACCUCACCCAGUGAUGAAGCAGAUGAAGUUUUGGUUAAGUGUCAAAUACCACCAGUCUCUCCUUUUACCAGAAUUAUUCUCUGUGAAGAUGGGGUAGAAAUCAAAAGUCAGAAGCAAAAGGAUGCAAUAUUUUUAUAUAAAUUCUCUUAUAAAAUAUCAAGAGCAAGUACAAGACAGCUUUCUUGCAUGUACCAGAACAAGGAUAAAAACAACCAGGUGAAUAAUUCCUCUCCAAGUGAUGCCAGGAACCUUUAUGUUUCAGGUAAGAAAACUACAAAUGAAAUAGUUUUUAUAGAAAACUGGUAAUUUUCUUGGUGAAUCAAGAAUGGAAAUUUUCUAUUGUGAUACAUUAAUGCUACCCAAAAUGCUUUGAGUUUAUUUCCUUCGGGCUUCAACUACUUUGAUUGCUGCUGAUUCUUCCUCCUCGUUUCUGUUUUGUUGUUGUUGUUGUUGUUGUUGUUGUUGUUGUUUAGAAAGGGGGACUUGGAGAACAGACUUCAAUGAAGAUUUUAGGAUACAUGCAGGUAAUUAUGCUAAUUAUGCACUCUCCUAUCAAACUAAGCCAUGGCAAUCCUAGCUCCUUAUUAGAAGGAAUGACUGUAACAAGUGGGAAGCCACAGCAAAGUAUCUAAGGUAAACCUUGCCGCUAACAUUAGGCUUAUAGUGCUGUUUAGGGCUUGUGAGCAGGAAAAUGACACCUUUGUAUUUCUCAUCCUUCAGAAUGCUUACGUUCAGGGGCAACAGCCCCUCCCUGCUACCCGCAGCCCUGCCUUUACUGCUGUUUAUGUGGGAACAGUUUCUGCUAGUCAUCCACCAUAAUGCAGGAUACUUUAAAGUGUUAGGGGCUCAAGAGGCUUUGACAGCCUCAUGGUCCUGGAAGCCAAUAAAUAGUCUCAGUUCUCAUUUCAUGUUUUAUAAAAAAUAUACCCACUUCUGCAUACCUGGGAAGUCCCAGAGUGCACUGAAGCCACUACUUUAAAUGUGGAUGGCCCUGUUUCACUUUCAAGAUGUGUAGAAUCAUGAAGUUUGAAGUUCAAAUAUAAAACAAUGACAAUGAUAAUACUUUAAUAAGCCGAGUAGGAAAUGAGUCCUUUCUUAACCUCAAAUAAAGUGGCUCUAGUAAUACAUAUACCGUUCCAACAAGUCCACAGGUCACAUACACGUUAGAGCUGCCCAUUGUAAAUCUUACAUAAACUGGAUUUCACCAGCUGUUUAGCUGAAAGCCUUGUUACCGUAGUUACUGGGUGCACAGCAUGUCAUGAUACCAUAGAGCAAAGGUGAAGAAAAUAAAAGUUCUGAAGGAACCUUUGAGAACUGUGUAUCUGAAAGAUGGAUGGUGAAAAGGGGAAGUUACUGGAAAGUCUUACACCACAACAAAAUACAGAGUGUUUUUAGAAGCAGAGAUUUAAAUAUACUGGUAAAGUGUAAGAGAGUGGCACAGCUAAAUCUGUCAUACGGGUAUAAAUCAGGCUUCCCUAACCUGAUAGCCUUCAGAAUACGUUGGACGAAGCUCCCAUCAUCAGUGAAGUUAACCUGGCACCAUCAUUAACAUCCAUUUGUUUUUGAGAUAGAACUAUUCCCCCAGGUAUUUGAUAGAGUCUUAUGAUUCUGCUGUUUAUUGAUUGUAUAUGUGUGUGCUGCUUAAGUUCUUGCUUAUGUUUUAUUGGGUCUGCUCUAUGGCUUAUUGAAUUUUCAGUAAAUGGGGUAAACAUUUGGAUUGGAUCAAGAGUAAUUUAGUUACACUUCCCAUUGAAACUAGUGAGACUAAUAAUGACUGUCACGUGGAUUUCAAUGGGAAAUAAGUGUGACUAAUGCGCUGCAGAUGGUGACAGCAGUCACGAAAUUAAAAGACGCCUGCUCCUUGGGAGAAAGGUGAUGGCAAACCUAGACAGCAUCUUAAAAAGCAGAGACAUCACCUUGACAACCAAAGUCUGCAUAGUUAAAGCCAUGGCUUUCCCAGUAGUGAUGUAUGGAAGUGAGAGCUGGACCAUAAAGAAGGCUGAUCGCCGAAGAAUUGAUGCUUUUGAAUUAUGGUGCUGGAGGAGACUCUUGAGAGUCCCAUGGACUGCAAGAAGAUCAAACGUAUCCAUUCUGAAGGAAAUCAGCCCUGAGUGCUCACUGGAAGGACAGAUCGUGAAGCUGAGGCUCCAAUACUUUGGCCACCUCAUGAGAAGAGAAGACUCCCUGGAAAAGACCCUGCUGUUGGGAAAGAUGGAGGGCACAAGGAGAAGGGGGCGACAGAGGACGAGAUGGUUGGACAGUGUUCUCGAAGCUACAAACAUGAGUCUGACCAAACUGCGGGAGGCAGUGGAAGACAGGAGGGCCUGGAGUGCUCUGGUCCAUGGGGUCACGAAGAGUCGGACACGACUAAACGACUAAACAACAACAACAACAACAAAAUGCACAAUCCUAUUAAUGUCUACUGAGACAUGUCAUUAAUUUAUUGAGGUUUACUUCUUGGUAAGUAGGUGUAGGAAUGCAACCUAAAUUGGUCAGCAAUUAACCCAUUAUGUUCAGUACCUCCUGUGCAGAAAGCACAAAGGGCAUUUCUUCUCUCCAGCUGCUCUAAAUGAUAUUGUAAUAAAUGUGAAUCUUUUUUAACACCUUGACUGAUCCUCAAAUAGGCAGUAACCCCUAUGUGAUUAUACCUCUGCAAGCACCAUAGAAAUGGAGUGAAUUUUCAGCUACAGCAGAAGUGGUAAGAAAUGCAAUUACAUCGUUCACAUUUAUAAAGUUAUCCACUUUUAUCCAAUUCACAGGUGCCUCAAAUAAUGCAGGUUCCUUAGGUAAGUGAGUUUUUACUCUAAAACCCAAAUGCCACAGGAUUCUUGCUGUAAGAAUCCUGUGGCCUUCUUUGACUUUUGGAUGAAUUGAUGUUCCAUCACUGGGUGAAGAUGCAAAAAUCCUGUGAAUCACAGAGCCCAGCAGCACUGCUAUCUAUUCCAGGGCUCCUGAAAGCCACUGAGAAGUACCUAUGCAGAAACCUUAUGCAAUGAUACUCUAGCAGGAAGAAUAGGAAGGGAUGAUUCUCAUCUCAAAAGGAAAGAAAUUAUAUAGGUCAUUUUGAAGCCACAGAUUAUACAGUCAUACCUCGAGUUGAAUGUGCUUCGGGUUGAGCGCGUUCGAGUUGCGCUCUGCGGCAACCCGGAAGUAACGGAGCACGUUACUUCCAGGUUUUGCCACUCGCACAUGCGCAGAUGCUCAAAAUGAUGUCACGCGCAUGCGUGGAAGCGGCAAAACACGACAUGCGCCAUCGUGCCUUGCAUUCCGUUUGGGAUGCGAACAGGGCUCCAGAACGGAUCCCGGUCGCAUCCCGAGGUACCACUGUAAAACCUAAGUGAUCAGAGACUGGAAGAUUGGUUGGCUGACAUACUGUUUCUUAUAAAUUUGUAAAAGGCAAUACAAAUUGAAAAGUAAAAAAAGAGAGAGAGAAUUUUUGUAUAACCCAUUUGCUUUCAAUUCACAGGUUUUGAAAUUUCCUUAGGUAAGUAGUUUUUAAUCUAUUCUAGGGUUGAAUGUGGCCAUAUGCCCUUUGAGGCAACUUUUUGAGGGUCACAUGCCAUUGGUGGGUGAAACCAGAAGCAAAAGUGGGCAGAACAACACAUUUGGAUUUUAUCUUUCUAUGCACACACACCUGACUCUAUAACCAAGGCAGACAAGAAGCAUUAGAGUUCAGUAAUACAUUCCAGGCAGCCAAGAAUCACUCAAGAGGUUGCAAAGCAGGGCUGGUGAGGGUUGUGGCCUGGGGAACACCCCUAGGGCUAGACAUUUAGCCCUUGCACCUGAGGUUUCCCCAAUCCAAAGCCUAGUACAUCUAUUACUUGUUACCAGACUCUUGCUUGCAAACCUCCUUGUUGAUCCCAUGAGUUGCUCUGUUGUAAGUUCCACAGCAGCAGACACACUGUAUCAUAAGCAUGUUUCAGUGGGCAUGUCUGAAAUCGCAAUAAUCAACCAUGCCACAUUUCAGAAAUCUGGACAAAUCAGCUUCUUGUGAACUGCCCUGAGAUCUUUUGAUGAACGGAAGUAUAUAAAUCUAACAAAUGAAAAUAAAAACUGUUCUUUUUAGCAAUUCAGACUUUCAGGGUUUACUAUCAUUGAAUGUUGCUUGAUGUAUCCACCUUUACUAUGCAUGCACCAUUGUAUAACAUGUUUCCUUUUGCUGUCUUAGCUUUUCCAUCCUUUUGAAUAAAGUGGGUUGAUGCAUGCAUUUUUUUUUCCUGCCCUUAGCAUUAGGAUUUGGAAUUACAACUGCUUCCAUCUUUAUCUGUGCUGCACUGUUUUAUGUGCUGGAGAAAAGAGGUAAUGCUCAAGCAAAAUAUAGCAAUCAUAAUUAAAACUAACUACUAAAAUGAGCCCUCUCCAAUCCUGCCUUGCUAGGUUUUAUGUUACAACCAACUUACUUCAGUAUAGUCUUAUUGCACAGUCUGUUUCUCUGACACUGGUGGAUGUGGAUGAUGCCUCUGACAUGACACUGUGCACACAUUCAUCUUAUUGCUUGAUUCUCCUGGAUGGGCAACAUAUGCAUAAUAAUGUUCCGGCAAGCUGUCUGCAUGUCCACUCCAGCAAUCACACUGCAAGGUGUGUGCACAGAUAAUGAACAAAUGUCAUGUUGAAGGAAUGACCGCUACUGUCCCUGAUAUUGGAGGAACAAGUAGGAAGAUGUCCCAGGGAGGGGCAAGUUUUGAAUAGCUGUCCAGAACUUUCCCCAUUUGUGUCUUCUGCCUUAUGCAAUGGUUCAAUGUGUCUUAUAAUUGUGGUGUUAUGUCAUAGCAGCUAUGAAGAGAUUGAUCUAAGAUGAUACAAUGUACACUGUAUCUCUCUCAGGUAUAAUCAAACGGAGAGCAACCAGGUAGGUGUAAUGAGACUUUAAUAAUUAUGCCUUCAAUUCAGUAAAGUGUGAUUCUGUAUGCAGGAAAUAUGGUAAAGCACGUUUGUUCUUCAGAACAGCAUAUUCUGGGCAACAAUUUCUUUUCUGGAUAUUGGUCAUGCCUAAACUUGCUUCAUAUCGUAACUGGAAUUAAUGCUUUCAUAUCUUCUCCUGAGUUAAAUAGAAAUUACUCAUUUGCAAGCAGAGACAACUUCCUCUAUUCCUCACAGUAAUAAAAUUGGAGAAGAAGUAGCAAAACUUGAUGGGUAAAUUCAGACAGUCAUUUAUCAAGUAGUAAUGUUGUACAGCACUAUAUCCAAUCAUAUUUUAAAAAAUGAGUUCAUAUAGUGAAGCGCCUGCUCUUUUAAGAAGGGUCAGACAAGAUGUUGUAUGGGGGCAGUUUGUCCUCCACUUGAGCUGGGGCUCUUAAGUUUCUUUCCACUCUUUAAUACUUGUUUUGUGAGUACAACACCCAUAGGUAGAUUUAGGGAAGUGUGGGAAGCUGAUUCUCCAUGGGGAGAGAGAGAAUUUGGCUUUAAAUGAAGUUGCCUGCUGGAAUGUAAUUGCAGACAUAUAAUGUCUGUGUUUUUGUUGUAAACCACCCUGAGAUCUGCAGAUGAAGGACAGCAUACAAACUUAAUAAAAAAUAGAACCCAUGCUAAUCUUUGACUUUAGUUUAAUAGCUUGAGAUGUAUAUUAAUGUAUUUCAUAAAAUUUAUAUACUGCUUGAUUGUAGAAAAACCUCAAAGCAGUUUACAAAAGAGAUAAAACAAUAAAAUUUACAACAAUAAUUUAAAGUAUACAAAAAGUUAAAACAGUAAUACAGGUAAAGUGACCCCUGACCAUUAGGUCCAGUCGUGGCCGACUCUGGGGUUGCGGCGCUCAUCUCGCUUUAUUGGCCGAGGGAGCGGCGUACAGCUUCCAGGUCAUGUGGCCAGCAUGACAAAGCCACUUCUGGCGAACCAGAGCAGCGCACGGAAACGCCGUUUACCUUCCCACUGGAGCGGUACCUAUUUAUCUACUUGCACUUUGAUGUGCUUUCGAACUGCUAGGUUGGCAAGAGCAGGGACCAAGCAAUGGGAGCUCACCCUGUUGCGGGGAUUCGAACCACCAACCUUCUGAUCGGCAAGCCCUAGGCUCUGUGGUUUAACCCAUAGCGCCACCCGCAUCCCUAAAACAGUAAUCGAUUGAAGCUAAUUAAAACUCACAGCAACUCUCUAAACUUUCUAUGUAUGUCUACAUACACAUUUGAAACUAGAGAACUUCUCUCUGCCCCUCCAGCUUUAUAUAUCUCACACAUCUUUGCUUUCCACAGACAUCCAGAAAGAGAAAACCAAACACGUAAGGAUAUGCUUUAUCAUCUCUCUCUUUCUCUUCCUGUAUUGUCUAGAUUGAAGCAUGUAGUCAAGUGAUGUGAGAUCUGUGGCUUGCUCGCAAGCAAGCAAGAAAGCCAGCUGAAUCUACUGUGCAUUUCCCUUAUGUCCUCAUGUUGCAAAGGCAAGCAUGAACGGGCAGAAUUGUGUGGUAGGGAGCUGUGGCCCUCCAGAUGUUGCUCCAUUGUCCAUGCUGAACUGGAUUGAUGCAAGCUGGUGUUCAACCAUGUCAGGAGAGCCAAAACUUGCCCUAAUAAGCUUGUGAGCCCUCCUUCCCACUACCACUUCCCUCUCUCAUAAGAAAAAGGAGUUAACAUGCAAUGGGAAAGAGCAUGGCUCCUAUAUUUGAUAUCCCCACCCCUUCCAGUGCGGCCAGUACAUGCCAAAUUGAAGAGCGCCUGCUCUUUAAAAUCCAAACAUGGGUUCCUGCAUGGUAGAGCAUCCUUCCUUGAAUUAGUGUCCCAUCACUGGUACUCCUGUAUCCCUAUUAUCCCUGUUACAAUCUAGGCUGAGGGGGAAAUGAGAUUAGAGACCACUGUUUGCCCACCUGUGAUUUAAAUUGGGCAGGGUCAAAGAUUAUGUUUUAUAGUUUUCAUCCUAACUAUUACUGCUAACCCCAAUAUUGCUUUUCUCCCCAGAAGGACAAUCAGUUGGUUCACUGAAUGAUGAAUCAGAGCAGAAUCCCUUGCAUGUUUACUCAGACAUAAGCCUCAGUCCGGUCAGUGGGAUUUACUGCCAGGUGAGUAUGCAUAAUGUUGCAGUCUUGGUGAAUUGCAGAGCAAUUCUCAUCAGACCGAUCCCCCAAACCUAUAACAGUAUUUUUCAAACCAUUUGAUACAUCGUGGGUACAUGGGUAUGUUUCUAUCUCUUUUAGGCCCAAACUGGAUUUGACUGAGCAGCUGCAUUUGUUUAUGACAAGCAUCUACACAUUCACAUAAAAACGGUGGAUGUUUAAUUUUUGCAACUCUUGUGAAUUUAGGUUGUGAUCCUAUGUGCCCUUACCUGUUGUCCAUCCCCACUUGGGACAUGUAUAGAAUUGCAUUCCAAAUCUGCAUGCUGGCAUGCUCCUGUCUUCUGGUGGUAGUUUAUCUCUCACUGGUUACUCCUCCUGUAUGUCUCCCCCACCCCCAACUCACAUACACCAUUUGGUGUGUUUCAUGGUUUUCAAAGAGGAGAGCACCAAUAUAAUCUGGCACUUUAUCCUCCCAAGGCAGAGGCACCCAAAGGAAUUUUGCAUCCAGCCUAUAGCCAUGUAAGCUUUAAGAAGAGACAGGAAGCUCAUCCUGCUCUGGGAAGGUUCUAUGAGGUCAGUAUAUACUCAGAGCAUGCCGUAAAAUUCAUCUUGUAUCUAUAUGUAUGCAUUUUUAACACAAUUUAUUUUUGAAUAGCUGUGUGUUGAUCUCGGAAAGAUCUGUAUGCAAUGCUUUGCAGGUGUUGCAGAGCCUGGUCUUUAUCUGCCCCACACCUGACGUUAUAAAGGAUGUCAGGUGUAGGGCAUAUGGGGAGGACUUGGGGGCCUAAUAGGCCCAUGGACAAGAGAUUUGCUAACCCUGUUAUAUCCUAUUGUGAACAUCUCUAAUUGAGUCAGUGCAAAGUUGGUGUGUGGGAAUCACAUGCUGAUGUUUCAUCCACAUGCCUGAGAUGUCAUUUAUUCAUAUGAAAUAUGUAUGACAGAGUUUCAUUUUGUGUUUUUGUUUUCUGUUUUGCUUCCUAGGAAGAAGUAUGAUUUCCAGAUGUGGUGCUUAAAUAAUACAAACUACUCCAAAACCUAAAUCUCAACAUCCUGAAAAGUAUUUUCAUUUCUACUGCAUGGAAGAUUCUGCAUGUUGAACUUAGGCAUGCAAAGAUUACCAAUUCUUUACAGCAGAUUCUGUGAGGCUUCUCACAGUUUUUGAAUUUUUCAUGUUGUUCUUUAUACAGAUUCAUUAUGUUAACCAGAAACUUUAUACGUUCCCAGGAAGAGGCCCACAGACAUAAACUACAGACAUAAGCUGUUAAUUAAGAGUAAGGGGUUUGUCAUAACCUUAAGUAAUAUGACUGUCCAAUUAAAAUUAUUUUGAUUUGGG